AUGACGAAGGACUGGGAUUUGGUGCAGGAUGUGAUCAAGGAGCUUUCUUUUGUGCAAAAAAAGCCCUUGGAAGAAGUCAAAGAGCUAAUGGAACGCAAACACAAGUUUCGGGCUUCAACGCGAGCCUAUCGUAUGAAACUGAAAGAAUGGGGUAUCAUGAGGCACAAAUCGCGAAAGAUCACAAGACAGCGUCGUGAAGCACGACUACCAAACGAACAAAGUUCAAGCGAGACGGAUCAGCGCAACGACGAAUCCGUCGAGCCAGCUGAAGUUAUCACAAUAGAACCUGAGUCUAGGGAACAUUGCACGAGGACUGGGGGCUGGCAGGUGGUGGCUAGUCUGCCGGCUUUAAUCGCUGAUGGAGCUGGUACCGUUGCGGAGCCAACUUUUCUGGGACUGUUGAGUCAGCCACAAGAUCUGCAGCCAUCGUUCGAGGAGACAUGGUCGCACGAUCCUGCGCAAUCUUCAGACAUAGUACUGGACAUGGUUGGUGCAGUCUUGGAAGGCAGUCUACAAAAGCUCGAGAAGCUUCUUGUCGGUAACGUUGAUCAUAUCAACGAUCCCAUAGGUCUGCCUUUCGAAUCAGGUGCUCGAUUUGCUGACCAUCAUGCUUUGAACGAGAUGGUCAUACUCCAACACCCGGAUCAGACCUUGUUCGAUAUCGCUUGUGGCAUGCCUUGCGGACCGAUUAUAUGGGUCUUGUUCGCUUACGGUGCAAAAGGCUCCAAACACCCACUCGGAACAGACCUAGCCUUGCACAAUGCUAUCAAGAACGGCAGAGCUUAUACUGUUCAGGCGCUGCUUCAGCCGGGUCGCUCAGACGUUAACGGGCUUCCAGGCUCGAGCUGGAGUCCUUUACGUCAAGCAGUAUUCUGGAACGUUCCCGAUGUUGUCCAGAUCCUUCUUAACCGAGGUGCAAAGGUCGAUGAUGCUGGCCCUGCGCCUGGGAAACCCGGUGUUCACACGGCAUUACAACUAUGCUUGUUACAUAGAAUGAACACUUACAUGGAUCCCGCCGCUCGGAAAAGCUGCCAUAUGAUUAUGGAUAUGCUUCUUAGCGCUGGAGCGGACAUUCAUUGCAAGCCUCCGGAGCUCGUCAUUCCGUCGAAUUUUGCCAUGUUCGUCAAGCCAUGGGAAAAUCGUCCAUACUGGGCUUUUGAGCUCUCGCCAGAUGAGCUCGACUGUUUUCGAAUGUUCAUCAGCAAGGGCGCUGAAUUCCCAUCACACUUCCAAGGGCACCCCUGCGAGUCUCCCUAUAAGCAUACGUUUGAGCACCAGGCGCUGUGGCAUUCGACUCCUACUUUUGCGAGAUGGCUUAUUGAUAGUUUUAUGCCGACACCCAUCAAUAAUGGCAGCUCCCUCCUAUAUGAGAUAUUGGGCUGCUGUCCAAAUGAGAAACGGCAUCCAGCCGAUACUUUACGCGACAUUCAAGUGCUCCUUCAAAAAGGCGUAGAUCCAAAUCGAGCCACGCGAGACAGCAUCAGCCCUUUGCGUAAGUGCAUUGCGGAUUGCCCUGCCGUAGAUCUUGUUCCACGUCUUCAGAUGCUUCUCGAUGGGGGCGCAGAUCCUGAAGCCGAAGAUGCGGAUGGCGUCCAGCCGUUUGUUCGGGCGGCAGAGACAUUCGAAGAGCCGCUUCUUUCCAAGGUCAUGUCAGCGCUGGUGUCGAAGAUUCCAGGAAAACAAGUACGACACAUUAAUGGUAUCUCACAUACAUGGUCCGUAGGCCACUUCCCAAUCUCAGAAGCGCAGACAUACGAUCAAGUCAUAGCGUGCACACGCCAAACGGGCGACUUUAUGCUCAACCUGCGGAGGAUGGUUCCGGAACAUAUUCAAAGCAUCUUCCAGCGAGCUUACUUCGAUGUCGUAAGCAAAUACUUCCUAGAAACGAUGACCAAGGUGGCGAAAUCCAAGAUGCUGAGCUCGAAAGAGAAGGACGAGAUCGUUUGGGUUGUCUCGAUGCGAGAUGGAGUCGAUCUACCAAAUUACAACUUCGACCAAAAGCUCGUCAUUGCGUUGCUGGACCCACAACCAAUACCAAGCGUGAUGCUUGGGUCAGAGACCGACCCUGGUAGGACUGCUUCAUCGAAAUCCAAUUCAGUGAGCGCUGCAAGCUCUCCAGCAUCUAGCACUACGAUCACUGGAACAGCCACCGACUCUGGAGUUCAUACCCCCUUCCAGUUCAAUGCUAGCAAGUCAACAACCAGAAAAGACCCCCCGAUAUCUACUGAAUCGCCUGAAUGGAUUGACGACUUCUUUGUGGCAUCUACGACACAAAUCCGAUGGCGCGACCCAUGUGCACCACCCAAACCAGGGGAUAUUCAGAAAGCUACAGCAGUCGUUUUAACAUGCAAGUGUACAACUUGUAAUGACGGAAAGCUUCUCACGAAAGGUGAGCUGGAAAGACACAAGACUGAACACGAACAUACGGCGGACUGCGAUAUAGUUGGUUGCAAGAGGCGCUUUUGCAUUGAAAGACGAACUUGGGCAAAUGGUGUGAGAUGUCAAGAUCAUUUGUUCGGUGGUUGA